UACAACUGCUCCUUCCUUUCCUCUUUGUAGUUGUUAGAAUCUCCAAAGUGCACCAUGGCUGACCCGAUGUCGUUGUGCAAUCUUGUCUUCCAAUGCUGGACUUGCAUUGGAGGGCCUAACCGUUCAACCUAUGUCUGCAACUUGGAAGAUAAUCAAAAAUCUCUGAGUGACCGGUUGGAGGAAUUGCAGGAUUUACGAAAUGAGGUGAAGAGAAGAGCGGAGGAAGCAGAGACGAGGGGAAUGACACGUACAGAUCAAGUGGAUCGCUGGCUGCAUCGUGUAGAACAAAAAGAAGGGGAAGCCCAGAAUAUGUUACAUCAGUGUUCUCAGCGGAUUGCUAACGAUUGUCACUGUCUUGGAGAUUACUGUCCCAAGAACUGCUGUGGAAGCUAUAAGCUCGGUAAGAAAGUAGCUUUAUUGCUAUCAAAUGUGCUGGAAUUGAUCAACCAAGGUAAGAGUUUCAAUUUGAGUGACUUGGCUUACAAGCGGAGUGCACUUCAUGGAGAAGAAUUUCCUCUGCCAGCAAUUAAGGGCAUGGACUUGAUGUUUGGGAAGGCGUGUAGUUGCAUCAGAGAAAAUCAAGCUGCUCGAAUUAUUGGGUUAUACGGUACAGGGGGAAUCGGUAAGACAACCCUUCUAAAAAAAAUCAACAACGAGUUUCUCGUCAAAACAGCAAACAACAGUGAUUUUGAUCCUGUUAUCUGGGCUGUUGUGUCCAAGGAAUUAAACACGGCAGAGAUUCGGAAGCAAAUUGGCGAUCAAUUGGGGAUUACACGAAAAGAAGAUGCAAACCAGGUUGCAGAGGCUACCGUCAUUUUCAGGUUGUUGAACCGUCAAAAAAAGUUUUUGCUCCUCUUGGAUGACGUAUGGGAACGAGUUGAUCUAGAGGAAAUUGGAAUUCCUCACCCCAGUACCGUCACUGAAUCAAACAACAAGUCAAAGGUGAUAUUCACAACUAGAUCUGAAAAGGUGUGUGGAGAGAUGGAGGCUAAAAAUAUUUUCAAAGUUGAAUGCUUGCGGGAUGAUGAAGCAUGCAACCUAUUUGAAGAGAAGGUAGGAGAGGAUACCCUGAAUUGUGAUCCAGACAUACGUCAGCUAGCCAGGGAUGUUGUGAAGGAGUGUGGUGGGUUGCCCUUGGCUCUCAUCACCAUCGGCCGCGCCAUGGCAAGCAAGAGGACUCGUCAUGAGUGGGAACACGCUAUCACAGUGUUGCAGAAAUCUCCAGCAAAGUUUUCAGGUAUGGAAGAGAAAGUGUUUUCUAUCUUGAAGUAUAGCUAUGAUGCCUUGGCAGAUGAUAAAGUUAAAUCUUGUUUCUUAUAUUGUUCCCUCUUUCCCGAAGAUUUUCCUAUUAAAAUCGAAGGUCUCAUAGAAUAUUGGAUUGGGGAAGGAUUCAUAAAAGGAAAUGAGGAAAUGAGGGAAGCAAUGAAUGAAGGGUAUGAUAUCAUUGAAACUCUAAAACGAGCCUGCUUGUUGGAGCCCGGUGGGAAUGAUUAUUUUUUAAGCAAAAACUAUGUAAAGAUGCAUGAUGUGAUCCGGGAUAUGGCAUUAUGGAUUGUCAAUGACUAUGGAAGGAAUGAUAAAAAGAAGCAUUUGGUGGUAAGGUAUGAAGAGUUGAUGGAUAAGCUUUUCUUCAAAUGGCAGGGCGCCAACAGGAUAUUUAUGCUACGUCCACGUCCUCCUUAUAAUAAUAGUGAGAGUGAUGCAGAGCAGCAGCAAAUUAAAGAUGAGGUGGUCGUCCCUCCUGAUGAAGAGUAUCCCAACCUUAUUCCAAUUGCAACCUUCUUAGUAGCCUAUGAUUCAAGGAAGGAAUUCCCUACUAGCUUGUUCCGAUCUACCAAGUCUCUUAGAGUUUUGGAUUUAUCUUAUUGUUUAUUUGGAAAAGUAAAGUUCCCAACUGAGAUUGUUGAAUUGGCUGAAUUGGAAUACCUCAAUCUCUCAUUUACGGAUAUCAAGGAAUUGCCAUACGAGUUGGGAAAGUUGAGGAAAUUGAGGUACUUGAAUUUGUAUUAUACAAGAGAUCUUCAUGUGGUUUCAGUUGAGGGGAUCCUAAAGCUGUUGGAUCUACAGUAUUUGGACCUAUUUGAAUCUAAUUUUAUGGAUUGGGAAAUGGAAGGUAGAUCAAGAUUGAUGGAAGUAUUUGAAGCCUUAAAACACUUAACUGAUUUCCGAGUCACAAUUAGCAGUGACACAUCUUUCCAAAGUUGGUCAAAUUCCUACAAGUUACAGAAGUACACAACAGCUCUCUGUCUUGGGAAUUACAAGGCCAACUCUUUCCGCAUAACUACUACUCUUGACAAUAUGUUUCUAAAAACACUCGCGUUUUUCAAAUGCGAAAAGUUGAGAGAAAUUAGUUGGAGAAUGGAGACAAAGAAGGGGUCAGAGAAGGAGUCAGCCUUGAGGCCAGAGAUAUUACUACUCGAGAUCGUUCAUCUUCCCAAGUUAGAGAUAAUAGAGUUGCCGCACAUGUGCUUACAGAACAUCCAAUAUAUUCAAAUUAAUAAUUGUAUGGUGUUGGAGGACCUAACCUGGCUUCGUCAUACUCACAAGCUUGAAAGGCUUUGGCUACUGAAGCUGCCAAGACUAAAAAAGAUAAUAAAUGCAGAAGAAAUAUUGAUACCAUUCUCAAAUCUUGAAUUUUUAUAUCUUUGGGAUCUACCGGCAUUAGAAGACAUCUACCCCGGUGCCUUGCCUCUUCCGUGCCUAAUGGAAAUUCACAUGGUAGAAUGUCCAAAGCUGAAGAAGCUCCCAUUUGGCUCCAACAGUGCCAACAACAGUAAUUUGCGUAAGAUUGAAGGAAGGAAGGAAUGGUGGGAGGCGCUAGAAUGGGAUGAUGAAAGCAGCAAGUCCAUUUUCCAACAAUAUUUCACCGAAAAGUAGCAGCAAGGUAAUAAAGUAAUUAACCCUCAUGAUCGAUUUUAUUGUUUGUAAUGUAGUUUUGGACGACGAUAAUCGUGACUUUUAAUUUUUGUUAUCCCUAUUUGUAUAUGAGCUUUCCUAAAGCAAAAUAAUAAUU